UAGGGAUUUUGUCUUUAAGUGAUUGUAUUCUGUAUCCGAAAUAACCUAUAUUCGGUAUUACUUAGUUAUUCAUUGAAACGUCCGAAGUAUAAGUACGUGUUAAAUAAUUUAGUCGUCUUAUAAUGACGAUUAAAGAAAAUAAAUUCACUGAAUUGAUUAAAUUUAAAUCCUGGGGUUGUUAUCCCGAAGGAUAUAAUCCUGCAGAACAUGGCCCAUAUGAUCCUUCUCGAUACUACGGGAAACCUGAUACACCAUUUGGCGAUGUCAAACUUGGUGAAUUAUCAGCAUGGUUUAGUCGACGUGAAAAAGGAUUUAGACAACUUGCAGCAUUAAUUUCUCGAGCGCAUUGGCGUUGGCAACUAAAAUAUUUACAUCCCAGAAAAGCAAACAUGGUUCCAUUAUAUCAAGCUGCUAUUUUAGGUUCAAUAUUUGGUUAUUGCAUAAAUUACUUGCGUCUCAGGGGACAUAGAAAUUACAAAUAUCAUUAAAACACUAUGUUAUUAUAUCAGUGUUUAACAUAAAAAUGUAUUCAAAAUGAAGUACUAUUGUAAUGAUUUAGUUAACAAAAGUAAAUGUCAACAAUUUUGGACAUCUAUAAUGUAAAAUAAAUAUUAUUCAAACAUUUAA